CUUAACCAUUGUGGAGCAGUUUCCAAAAAGAACCUAAAAAUAUCUUAUAUCGGAUGGCAUGACAUGUAAUGCUCCCAAGAUUAACAUCUAAUCUCAAAAGCUCUUGAGGUUGUUCUCCAGGUCCCCUGAUAUCUGAAUUGGUCGUGGAUCCCCCAUUUGUGAUGGCUUUCUUGUCUUCGCACCAUUUGCUGAAGUUCUUUGUUUGCUUUUGGAGUUCUUCGUGUGCCUUUAAUGCUUCCCCUGCAUCCAACAUUGUGUUGUUCAACCUAAGCCUUCUCUGAGCAUCUCUUGCUUUACUUAUUUUCGCGUCUCAAAACCUAUAUAAUAUCUAGGAUUUGUUGUAUGGUUGACAUAUUAUCAUCUUCUCUUGACAGUACCAUUUGUCAUUGGUUCCUCGUGGUUCUUUUUUGUAGGAUUAAUUUUACCUACCCACAGUAGACACCAAUUAUUAUAGUUUCAAGUGUAAUGAGUUCAAGUCCUCCGUAGUCAAAGAUUUAUAACAUUUUGCACCGUAAACUUUAUAAGGAGUGUACCAUUUUUUUCAAAGGACAUUAAAGCAUACGUGGGACCGCUUAAAGAUUUCAAAGAUUUAAGGACUUUUAUCUUUAUUUAAAAGACAGUAGCAGAUGAGAGGCUGUGCUGUGCCGAAUCAGAUAUUAAGUUCGAUUUUAUCUGUUUUUACAUCGAUCUCUUCUACAUCUUGGUCUACAUCCCUUCUCUAAGCAUCGAUCAAAGAUACUUUCCUUCCUGAUUUCAAGAAUUAGGCUCGACCAUGGACAGAGAAGCCGAUCACAAGCAGAUAAUUUUGGACGAAUGGGCUGAUUCUAUGCAAACGAUGCUGGAUUGUGUGGAUGUCGAAAACGUGGAAACAUGUAGCAUUUACCUUGUUUCAAACCAACUUCGAAAAUCGAAAGCGGAAGCUUACAUGCCGCAGGUGGUCUCCAUAGGACCCCUACAUCAGGGAAAAAGAAUGGAGCUUCAACACAUGGAAAAGAUCAAAUGGCGCUGCUUGAUGCAUAUCCUUUCCCGAGUCAAAAUAAAUCCACGGAAAGCUUUGAUGAAAUGCGGCAGACAUCUAUUGAACUUAGAUGAAGUAGUUCGUGCAAGCUACAGUGUUGAUGACCUUGGGUUCAACAGCAGCAACCUCGCCAAAAUUAUGGUAUUGGAUGGCUGUUUUCUGCUAGAGCUUCUCAUUAGUGCAUCACCCGAACUAGACAACCGAAUACAGAGCAGCCUAUCCGAUUCUAGUCCUGGAGCCCGUGUUAUACGAUGGGAAAAGGUGUUGUCCGAUUUAACCAUGCUUGAAAACCAAAUCCCCCUUGUUGUUCUCCACGUGUUGUCCUGUGCACUCUUUCCCGAAGUUUUUCCUAGUAACGGAUUGAUACAAGAGCUUGCGCUUUCUAUCUUAGGCUACAAUUACGGUACCCUGGGUUCCAUCUCCCAGGAGGAGUUAAAGGUUUUCCAUUUCCUUGAACUUGUUCACGCUUCCAUAGAUAAGGAAAAGGUUAAGGAUAGAGUGAAGGAGGAUUCUGGGAUCCAUAUAGAAAACGGAGAAGAUAAGAGGGUCACUCACAGAAAAGUGAAACUAGAUCGCUGUGCUACCAGGCUCCAAGCAGCUGGGGUUACAAUUGAAGGUACAAAUGACGCACAAAGAGAUCAUUCAAAUAUAGCUGCCAUGACCAGGUUUGACUUGAGGGUAAAAUUCAGCGAUGGGAAGCUUGAAAUCCCACAGCUACGAAUUACUGAAACAACGGAAGCAAAGUGGCGGAAUUUCAUUGCUUGGGAGGUGAACAAAAAUAUGGUGGAAAAACACAACGGGGAAAUAGCUAUUUCUGAAGCCAUGAAUGAUGCCGGAAUAAGGUUUCACUUUCUUUGUUAUGCUUGGUUCUUCCAGGGUUUGAUUUGUUCCGUCCACGACGUUAGAGUGCUCCUGGACAGAGGAGUAAUAUCGGUAGCGCUGGACAAGGAGGGGAAAAGAGUGAAGAGCGACAAAGAUCUGGUGGAUAUGUUCCGUAAGAUGACAGAGGGAAUUUCUGAAUCUGAUGUGGAGGAAACUGGCAUAGAUCCUUGGAUUGGUGAGGUGAUUCUGAAGUUGAAUUCAUACCCAAGCACACUUUCUGCUACAGGAAGAAGUAGAAUCACGUGGCACAUUUUCAGGGGGAAUCUAACUUCAUUUUGGUACAAUUGGAGGCACUCGUUUCGGGUGCUGAGACGUGAUUAUAUCCCUACCAGGUGGAAACUAAUUGCAGUGCUUGCUGCUGCGGCGGGGCUUAUUCUCACUGCCCUUCAGACUGCUUUUUCAGUGCCCCGCGGUAAGUAAUGUUCUACCACAUGAGUGGAAAGUUGUUUCAUUUCAUUAUCACCGAGUCAUCUUUUAAGUCAUUUCAAUGAAAAUGUUAAGGGUGGAACCCAUGUUAUGUCAUUCACCCCAUGGAAUGUAUCUAACGUUGUAUCAAAUAGAUGGGAAUUCGUUUCAUUUGCUUGUUAUGAAGUGAAGUCAUUUUCAAAGCAAGAAA